AUGCCUUCCAAGGCAGUUCAAGAUACUUCUGCGGUGCCCGAGGCACAAGGCCUCAAGUAUGACGAAUCCGAGAUGGCCCUCUUCCACGCCAAGCUGUCAUACCAUUCCACCAUUGACGAGCGCAUGGCUUCCAAGGAUAGCAAUCUCGCAUCUAUCUCGGAGGCCCAGGCAAAGAUACUCAAACGAUGGGAAAUGCUCAAACAACUUGAGAAGGAGCUAGCGGAGAAGGGGAAAGAGCCUCUUGCCGACUGA